AUGGCCACCGACUCCAUGGAGGUUGAACAUGUUUUCAUCGAGGACUGGCUUUCACCAUCAGACAGUACAUACCAAGUGAUUAAAACACCAUCAUAUGGCGAGAAUGAUGUAUUUGUAAAACCUUAUCUAGGGAGGUCCGAGAAAGGGGUGUACUUUGGAGUAAUUGAAGAGUCCCAACUACGUGUUUGGAUUCUUAGUGAAUUAAGUGAACAACAGAUGGAGUGGGUCUUAAAGUAUCAACAUGACCUUGCACACUAUGCCCAACAUGUAGGAAAAUAUGGCAGACAAAUGGAUGCACAUUGGAUGGUACAUGAUGUGCUUGACACAGAUCAUGAGGAUGGUGAUGUUGCUGCUAUAACUUUGCCAAAAGAGAAAUUUGACUGGGAUUCUGACAAUGAUGACGUUUUUACAAUUAAAUUGGAUGCCGAUGAAUACCCCAAACACUUUGAUAUUCUUGGAUUACAUCCUUACAAGGAAGUUGUCUAUUUGACUACUCCACGCCGGGCUAGCAAGCCGGCCAGAACCACAGCACCUGGCAGGGAGGGGGGCCGCCACCCCGCCCCAUCUCACCGAGCAGCGCUGCCGGGCCGAAGCCCGCGCAACCCGCCGCAGCCGCAGCACCACCAGGGAGUCGUCGCCAAACUGCCAGGAGCCACCGGCAGCACGACCACCCGCCAGACCAACGCUGCCAGGAGCCGCCGGAACACCACCAGCCGCCAGAUCCAUGCUGCCAAAUCGGGCCCGUCGCCCCAUCGAGCCGCCCAAGCCCCGCUGCCACCGCCGAGACGCCGGACCACCGCAGGACGCCUCCGCGUCAACCACAGCAGGAGCAACGCCUCCGCGCCGGAGUCGGAGGUAGCUCGCCGACACCAGCCGACGCCCGCCGCCACGAGAUCCCCCAUUCGCGGCGACCACCAGCGCGAGAAAGAGUCCCCGCCCCGCCCGCUCCACGCGAGCUUCGCCCGCGGGAGGCACCGGCGACGGCGAGGGAGAGGAUUGGGUGGAGGGGCCGAGCGCCUCGGUGCCCUGGGUCGCCGCCCGUGUCGCCCCUGGGGACGGAGCGACGCGGGGGGCUGUGCUCGGUCCUCUCCUAAUAUACAGCAAGGACCAUAUACGCUUUAUCGUGAAGUGUGAGAAACGCAGAUUUGUGAUUUGUCAUUCUCCACACAAGGUAAUGUCACCAC